CUCAGCCCCGCCCUCACUGACAGCCGGGCUGGAGGAUCACCGCGCGGCAUCACAGCGACCUGCCGCCCAGGAGAGGCGACGAUGGCGGCGGCUGCGGACCGAGCAGGACUCCGGGGGUCCGCUCUUCCGCCGACCCCGGCGGGUGCGGUGGUGGCUUCGACAGCUGACGCGUCAAUGGGGUCCGAUGCUGCUGGAGAGCCGGACGGCCACGUCCCGGUGCCCAUGAACCUGUUUGCUACCUGGGAGAUCGACCGGUCCUCUCCGAGCUGCGUGCCCAGGCUCUGCAGUCUGACCGUGAAGAAGCUGAUGGUUCUGAGGGAGCUAGACAGAGAGCUGAGCUCCGUCGUCAUCGCUGUCAAAAUCCAGGGCUCUAAGCGGACGUUGAGAUCCAACGAGUACCUUCUUCCUCCAGACGGCAUCAUGGAAACAGACCUGGAGCUCACCUUCUCUCUGCAGUAUCCUCACUUCCUGAAGCGAGACGUGAACCGCCUGCACGUGAUGCUGCAGAGGAGGAAGAGGUACAAGAAUCGAACCAUCCUGGGCUACAAAACCCUCGCAGUGGGAGUCAUCAACAUGGCCGAGGUGAUGCAGCAUCCAACAGAUGGAGCCCACGUCCUUGGUCUCCAUAGCAACCAGAAGGAUGCUUCUGUGCGCGCUGCGGAACUGAGUGUUCAUUCUCUCUGCAGCCAACCAAUUGAAACUGAGGACACAAGUGGUCACCACGGCAACAAGGCCAAGGUCUCAGAUCGCUCUCCAGAUGUGGAGAACUACUGGGAGGAUGAUGAUGACAGCUUCUCCUCCGAACAGGAAGGAAGUGACGAUGCAGUCCCACCUCAGGACAUGUUUGAUGAUGAUGAUGAUGUCCAGGGAAAGAUGAAGAAGUCUCACAGGAAAAUGAUCCGAACGUCCUCGCUGACUCAGCAGCCAAACUUCAAGCAGAAGUUUGUGGCUCUGCUGAAGAGAUUCAAAGUCAGUGAUGAGGUUCUGGACUCUGACCCUGUUGGUCAGAGUCAGGAGGCUGAGGAGGACCUGGACCUCCUGUACGACAGCCUGGAGGUUUACAACCCAAGCGACAGUGGCCCCGAGCUGGAUGACAAUGACAGCAUCCAGAGCACACCCAAACCCAAACUCAGGCCAUUCUUUGAGGGCAUCUCUCAGUCAAGCUCUCAGACUGAGAUCGGGAGUCUCAACAGUCAGCGAAGCCAGCAGAGAGAACAAACUGCAGCUGUGGCAGAUCUACAGGCCUGUGAGGAAGCCAGAGGAGAGGAGACCUGGCCAGGGGAGGCUGAAGAUGAGGUUGCUGAAGCAGGCCCAGUUGCCAAACUAUGUAAAACAGAGUGCCCGACACACAUGUCACCAAGUAAGACAGGAAGUCAGGCAUCUCGCCACCCGUGGAGCAUUGCUUUGAAGGACAGACAGAACUCGAGAGGGACGGACCGAACGAGCAGCUUCGACAGUGAGACGUCAUCUGACUGCAGGGUACCGGCUCCACAGGUCGCUAGAAAGUCAGUUUUGGAUCAGCUGAACCACAUCCUGUUCUCUGAUGAUCAGAUACCUGACUCCAUUAUCUUGAUUAACACCACAGACUGGCAGGGACAGUAUCUCUCCGAGGUUCUCUUUGAUCAGCCAAUUGUCUGCACCGUUUCAGCAGCUGAUGUUCAAGCCGCCUUCAGCGCCAUCAUUGGACGCAUCCAGAGAUUCUGUAACUGCAACUCACAGACUCCACCCACACUGAAGGUGGCGGUGGGAGGAGAUCAGAGCUACGUCAGCACCGUGCUCUGCUGCUUUGUAGAGCAGCUGGCCAGCAAGACAUCGGAUUGGCUGAGCUACAUCCGCUUUCUUAUCAUUCCCAUGGGUGUCCACCCACUGGCCAAGUACCUGUCCUCCCUGGAUGGGAAGUUCAGCGGCCUGUUCAUGGACACUGGCUGGAGGGAGCUGUUUGGACACCCGGAGCCGCCUCCUCUCGAUCCUGUGGGUGUAGCUGGCCGAGUUUCUCAGUAUUUGGCCGGAGCUACUGUUUCUCACCUGUGUCCAAUCUCAGAGGCCAUGCUGACCUACAAACACAAGAGCCCCGACGAUGACUCCUGCCAGAAGUUUGUUCCCUUUAUCGGGCUGGUGAAGGUCGGCAUCGUGGAGCAGAACUUCCUGUCCACCUCAGUGGACUCUGAUGACAUCAUACUUGGAUCUCCUCCCUCCCAAUCAGGAGCACCCAUCACCGCCACAUCAACACCUCCUCCCUCCCCCUCCACCAGCUGUCCCACAGAGGUGAUGGGCCUGCAGGUGGACUACUGGACCAGCCAGGGUGGAGGAGGAGGAGGAGGAGAGCGAAAGAAGGAGGUGGGGAUGAAGAACACACUGAAGAGUAACUUCCGGUGCGUGCAGGUGUCGAGACUCGGCGGAGGAGAGCUGAUGACCAUGACGGUGGUGACGAAGGAGAAGAACAAGAAAGUUAUGUUUCUCAGUAAGAAAGCAAAGGAGAAGGAGGCGGAGUCAAGGAGUCAGCUGAUCGAAGGAAUCAGCAGGUUGAUCUGUACCUCCAAACACCAACACACACUCAGAGUGUCUAUAGAUGGCGUGGAGUGGAACAAUGUAAAGUUUUUCCAGCUGGCUGCUCAGUGGCCAACACAUGUCAAACACUUUCCUGUUGGGCUCUUUGGUUACAACAAACCCUGAACUUCCUCCCUCUCCUCCUCACCUGGAUCACAUGACCUGCCUGUGAAUGAAUCCUGCUGAGCUCCGCGUGAUGAUGGGCUGUGCAUCUUCUUUAACUCCGCCUCCUCUCAGUAUCAGCAGAGCAGCAGAAACCUUGUUUGCCUUUUUUCUCUCAUAUUAUGUUGGAAUAGAAAUAUUUGUACCUUAUAAGGAAGUUUUAAAUUUUUAUAUGAUGGAUGUUUCUUACAUUGAGUAAAUAAUACACAGAGCCUCAAGUGUUUGUCUCAUAAAAAUAUUAAUGUUAAUAAUAAUCUUACCAGGUGGUUGAUUUGAUUCUGAAAGAUUAGUCUUUAUGGCAAACUCCUUAAAGUCAAUCAUACAAAAAGUGCAGCUUAUUUAGAUAAAGUGACCCAGGAGCCUCGGGGUCCUGAGGGGUGAGAGGCCACAGCCACUGUGUGAAGUGACAUUUCUACAACAAAAACACAGAUACAAAAGAUCCCAGCGGGGUCAAAGGGACCACAGAGACAAACGCAACAUAGACAACUGCAAAAAAUGCAAAAUAACUACCAAUGAUGUGGCGUGUAGCACUUCACUGCUCACAGUUCCUCCCUAAAUGUGACUGUUUUAACCCUCGGUGGUUUAAGUCAUCAGGUGAUAACCCUCAACCCUGUGUUUUAAAGAAAGGCAAACUGGACUUUUUGGAGAAAAUGUGAAUAGUUUUUGAUGCGUUUCAAUUAGUGAUUAUUUUCUUUGUUUCCCAGACCUGAGAGAACUAUUUAAUAAACAAAAAAGUUACAUAUUCGGAUUGCUUAGCAUUAGGGUUUGGAUUUGUAACAGGGCUGGGGUUUGAGUUAAUGCUGGGGUUGGUGCUUGGGUCAGGGUUGGGGUUUGGAUUAGGGUUAGGUUUGGGGUUGGGGUUGGUGAUGUCACCAAUUUAGACUUAGACCUCAAAGAGUUAAUUGUUGUUGUGGCCAAGAUUGUAAGCCAAGAUGUUGUGGAGACAAACAUAAAUCAACAAAUGAUUUACUCUUAGAGUACUGUCAGGGAUUGGGAAUACUGACUAACAGAACACUACAUUACCCAAGAUCCUCGGCUGGUGUUUCUCUGAAAAGGAUUCCUUGAUGAGCUGUGGAAUCAAACCUGGUUAAUCCAAAAUGAACUGCACAGAGCUCAGCCUUUAACUUUACGUCACUGAUUCAUGUUGUUUUCUGAUGUUUGUGUCAUCAGUUUGUCAUACAGCAGAGCUUUAACCCUUUAAAAGGCAGUUAGUUUUGUAAAAUGUAUGAGGACAUUACUGAAUCAAUAAAUCAAACUGAAAUUGUU